AUGUCUGUCAGCAAAGCAAAAGAUUUAUCAGUAAACUUGGAAUCCAAAACAAUACGAGUAGUGUUCAUAGCUUUAUUGCUUGAUAUUUUGGCUUUUACAAUAAUUUUACCACUUUUUCCUAGGUUAUUAGAAGACUAUCGUGAAAGAGAAAAAGGUGAUGAGACAACAUUGUUAAGCUGGUUUCUUAAUCAAAUAUCCAUAUUCAAAGAAGCGAUAGGUGGAAGCGUUGGUAAUAAUCCUAAAUGGGAUUUGGUGCUGCUUGGAGGUGCUUUAGGUUCACUAUAUUCAUUUUUACAGUUCGUUGCUUCACCAUUUAUUGGAGUAUUUUCAGAUCGUCAUGGUCGUCGAAAAACUUUAUUGCUUACCAUGGUUAUUAUAUGGCUUUUUGCAAAAUCAUUUGGAUUAUUUGUAUUGGCACGUGUAAUUGGCGGAUUAAGCGAAGGAAAUGUCCAGUUAUCAAUAGCUAUAGUUUCAGAUGUUACAACUCAUAAUUCCAGAUCAAAAGGUUUGGUCAGAAUAGCUUUUGCAAUUUCAUUCACAUUAGGACCUGCGAUAGGUGCUUACUUUGCAUCAAUAGAUUUAACCCACUCCUUUCCAACGCUUGUUGAUUGGGGCUUAAAUCCUUACUCAACACCAGCAUUUGUAGCAUUAUUACUUUUAAUCAUUGAAACAUUAUAUUUAUAUCUAUUAUUACCAGAGACUGCAAAUAUCAAACCAAAUAAGAAAAAAGAUAUUAAAAAAGAGAUAAAUAAUUUAACAAGCAAAGAUGAUCAAAAAAUAUUAGUUUCAAAAAAGCUCGAAAAUUUAAAAAUUCUCAAUUGGAUACAUUUUCUUUAUUUAUUUUCCUUUUCAGGAAUGGAAUUCACCCUUACAUUCUUGACGUAUGAUUUAUUUGAUUUUUCAAAUAUGCAAAAUGGCAUGUUAUUAGGCUAUACCGGUAUCCUAUCAGCGGUCAUACAAGGUGGAUAUGUAAGAAGGAAAGCUAAUAAAAUUGGUGAAAAAAAUAUAGUAAUACAAGGCAUUACUUCGAGUGCAAUUGCAUUGGGAAUCAUUUCCCUGUUAACAAAAAUCAAUAAUGCCAUCAUUUGGCUUUACAUUGAAAAAUCUGAAAUUAUAAAAAUACCAAAAGGCGAGGCUUUGGGCAGAUUUAGAUCAUCGGGUCAAUUAGGAAGGUCAUCAGGUCCAAUUGCUGCAUGUAGUUUAUAUUGGAUGGCCGGUUCUGAAAUCUGUUAUGCAACUGGAUCAAAUCAACGAGCAUGA